UGACAACUGUCACAGAGGGUUUUUGUAUUGUUCCAUACCUUUGUUAAGAUGUUCAAGAAUACUUUCCAGAGUGGAUUUUUAUCUAUACUCUAUAGCGUUGGCAGCAAACCACUGCAAAUAUGGGAUAAGAGUGUAAUCAAGUUUUAAAAAUUUCACCUUUGAGAUAACAGGUCAUGAAUGGACAUAUAAAAAGAAUAACCGACAACGACAUUCAAUCACUCGUUCUUGAGUUAAUGGGUACAAACGUAAGUACAACAUAUGUAACCUGUCCUGCCGAACCGAAGAAAAGCUUGGGUAUAAAGUUGCCUUUCCUUGUGAUGAUAAUCAAAAACUUGAAAAAGUACUUUACGUUCGAGGUUUUGAUUUUAGAUGACAAGAAAAUUCGGAGAAGAUUUAGAGCUAGCAACUAUCAGAGCACCACCCGUGUAAAACCUUUUAUUUGUACAAUGCCUAUGAGGCUGGAUGAGGGGUGGAACCAGAUUCAGUUUAAUCUAUGUGACUUUACAAGGCGGGCUUAUGGAACAAAUUAUGUUGAGACGCUCAGAGUUCAAAUUCACGCCAACUGUCGUAUAAGAAGAGUUUACUUUUGUGAUCGGUUAUACUCGGAAAGUGAACUACCACCAGAGUUCAAAUUAUAUCUUCCUGUUCAGCAAAAAGUGGCUGCUUCUUAACUAAUCGGGUAGUGAUGCUUAAAUACAUUAGGAAAAUAAAAAUAAUAAACAAAAUAGGAUAUUUAUCCUUUGUUUGUUCAAAUGUCAACCGAUAAUUGAAGGAAUAUAAAUGUUG